AUGGCAAAACUCACUGAUGAUGCCGGAGAAACGUUUGAGAAUGUACCAAGUCCACUGUCUGAUGCUGGGAAUCAUGACAACUACUAUUGUAGAGGACUUCGGACAAGAUACGUUCUACUAAGUCACCCUGACAACAAGACCAAGUUACGACAACGAGGUCAAUCCACUUCUAUAAAUCGAAAGGAGACAGCGACCAUCCAGGGGGCCAUACCACUUUGGUCUUCAUAUCUUCGAGUACACGAAAUUAUCGCAGACUCUUCCCUCUUCCAGUCUUCUGUUCACCAGGUUUCUUUAAAAGAGGAUAUCCACAGCCUCCCAGAACUCAGAAUAACUACCAUAGGCCUGAAGCAACGCCGGUGUUCCCUUAGCAGCGUAUCUAUUCCUCACCCACUCUCUCAAGAAGCUGGCUCACCUGACGCCUGGCGCCGGCUCUGGUAUCACAGUAGCGCU